AUGACACGUUGGCUCAACUCACCCUUAAAGAGACGAUACAGCCAAAUUUGGAAAGGAUCAUCCAGCAAGUCGCAACAGAAGACACAUAAAUUCAUAAGAGGUCGUUAUAAGUUUUUACAUCAGCUUGGUCAAGGAACAUCGGGCACAGUUUAUCUUGCCAUCGACAUUGAUACAAAUAAGCAAUAUGCCAUAAAAGAGAUAAAUAAGUCUUGGCUCGCCAAGCAACAUCUAACUUUGAAAGAAUUACCUCAUCAUACCAACAUUAUACGCUUCAUCGACACUUUUGAGGAUCCCCAGUAUCCAGAUGCUCUAUACAUAGUAAUGGAAGUUGCUGAAAAGGGUAUCGUCAUGGAUGUAUCCUCUUACGAAAAGUGCAAACCUUACUCAGAAUCAAUGUGCAAAACAAUAUUCAAACAGUUAGUUGAAGCCGUUGAACAUCUUCAUAAGAAUAAUAUUGUCCAUAGAGAUAUCAAGCCACAAAAUUUAGUCCAAACGAAAGAUAACAUCAUCAAAUUGAUCGAUUUUGGAAGUGCUAUGGAUGUAAACAAGUGUCACAACUAUCAAAUUGGAAAAUCACCAGCAUUUAUGGCGCCUGAACUUUUGAACAAAGAAUAUUCUUCUUUCUCCAGUGAUAUUUGGGCAAUGGGAGUAACGCUCUUCUGUUUGAUAAAUGGUCAUUUGCCUUUUCAACAGUUAAGCCUUCCGGACUUAUACCAAGACAUUCUAAUUGAAAAGUAA